AUGCCCAACAUAGACAAUAACAUCAUCGAACGCUGCAUGUGUGUGGAUCCCACCCACAAGAUAGUACGCCAAAAAAGAAGGUCGUUUAGUGCGGAGAAGUAUGCUGCCAUUAACAAGGAAGUAAAGAGAUUACUUGUUGUUGGGUUCAUCAAAAAAGCUCAUUACCCAGAGUGGUUAUCCAACAUUGUCUUGGUUGUGCCAUUCGGAUUGAAGAAUGCAGGGACAACUUACCAAAGGUUGGUUAAUCGUAUGUUCAAUGAGCAGAUUGGGAAAUCUGUAAAGGUGUAUGUAGAAGACUUGUUAGUGAAGAGUAAGGAACCCAUCAGGCAGCUUGACGACCUGCGAGUGGCAUUUGGAAUCUUACGCCGUUACAGAAUGAGACUAAAUCCUGCAAAAUGUGCUUUUGAAGUUGAGUCAAGAAAGUUCUUCAGAUUUAUCAUAUCUGAAAGAGGAAUUGAGGCCUCUUCAAAGAAGAUAGAAGCCAUACUCAACAUGAAGCUGCCAAGAAAUCUGAACGAAACUCAUCGGUUAGCAGGCAGGAUGGAUAAGAGUUGGAUGCAAAUCACUGAUAGAUUUGGAUCUAGGGAAUAUGCCAAAGGAAUUAAGGAGUUUCUUACCUUGGCCCAAUCUCAUGCUACAAGUGAGGUAGAGAGACACUUGUUCAUUAAAGGUAUUGACAAGAAUUAUACGGUGUGGAUUUUUCAUGGUGAGGAAAAAGAUUUAAUUAUAAGUGAUGAUGAUGAUGAUCUACAUGAUCUCGAACAAGAGGAUGACUUCAUUGAUAACGUUGAUGUUAUGUUACGAGAUAUUCGGGCUGGGAAAUUUCCUGAUGUUCCCAUAACUGAGUCAUUCCAUGCUGAGGAUUCGUCAUCAGUUGAUAUUAAUUCAUCUCGUACUUUCAAUCAAUUGUUGGCUGAUUCUCGACGUCCUCUUUAUGAAGGUUGUACAAAGUAUUCUAAACUAUCAUUCACUAUCAAGUUACUGCACAUUAAAACACUUGGUGGUUGGAGUGUAAAAUAUUUUGACAUGUUUUUGCACUUGCUAAAGUCAGCUUUUCCUAAUGCUCUUUUGCCAAUCUCAUAUAAAGAGUCACGUAACUUGGAAAAAGGCUUAGGCUUUACCUACAACAAGAUACAUGUUUGUUCGAAUGACUGCAUACUUCAUUGGAGGAAAUAUGCCGAUAAAGAUGAAUGUCCUAAGUGUAAACUCUCUAAGUGGAAAUUUAGCGGAAGUAAGAAGAGACGAAUUCCUCAAAAGGUUCUACGACAUUUCCCGUUGAAACCCAGGUUGCAGAGAUUAUUUAUGUCACAAAAAACAGCAGCUGAUAUGCGGUGGCACAAGGAUCAGCGAGUCAUUCAGCAGGGGAUUCUAAGCCAUCCUGCUGACUUUGAGGUGUGGACAACAUUUGAUCAAGAGCAUGCUUGGUUUGUAGAAGAUCCAAGAAAUAUCCAUUUUUUUAUCACUUCACUCUUGAUUCCUGGACCAAGAUCACCAGGAAAUGAAAUUGAUGUCUAUCUUCAACAUUUGAUAGAUGAAUUGAUUGAUCUAUGGGAUAAUGGUGUUGGUACAUACGAUACGAAGGCCAAUGAGACUUUCCAAUUGCAUGCAACAUUAUUGUGGACAAUCAACGACUUUCCUGCUUAUGGAAACCUUUCCGGGUGGAGUACUAAGGGGAAAGUGGCUUGUCCAUCGUGUAAAGAACAAACAGAUUCCAUGUGGUUGACAUAUAGUCGAAAACAUUACUACAUGUGUCAUCGUCGAUUCUUGCCAUCGAGCCAUAUCUGGAGAAAGAAAAAGACUAUUUUUAAUGGUAAUACAGAGCAUCGUGACCCACCUACUGUGUAUUCUGGAGAAGACAUACUCAUUCAACUCCAAAAUAUUCGUGAUGCAAAUUUUGGUAAAGCUAUGAAAAAAAGAAAGCGUACUAUAGAGGAGUUCAAUUGGACAAAAAAAAGUAUCUUCUUUCAAUUACCAUAUUGGCCGACCAUAAAGAUUAGGCAUAAUCUAAAUGUAAUGCACAUUGAGAAGAACAUUUGUGACAAUAUCAUAGGAACUUUAAUGAAUAUCUUGGGCAACAGUAAAGAUCAUCCUAAUACAUGUCGUGAUCUUUUCAAUCUCAACAUAAGGAAUGAGUUACACCUUAUUCAGGAUGGACAACGCAUUAGCAUGCCACAUGCAUGUUAUACACUAUAUGGAGUUGAGCGAACUGGUUUCUGUAGUUGGUUGCAUGAUGUGAAAUUUUCAGAUGGUUUCGCUUCGAACAUUGCCAGAUGUAUUAGUGUGCCUGAUUGCAAAAGCUCAGGAAUGAAAAGUCAUCAUUGUCACAUUUUCAUGCAAAGAUUACUUCAUGCUGCAAUUUCUGGAUACUUACGCCAAGAUGUACGAUUGACAUUAAUUGAGUUGAGCACUUUUUUCAAAGAAUUACAUGCUAGAACAUGUAGGGUUGAUAUCUUAGAGAAGCUUCAAGCUGAUAUCGCUAUCAUUCUAUGCAAGCUGGAGAUAAUUUUUCCGCCUACCUUCUUCGAUAUAAUGGUGCACUUAGCCUACCAUUUGCCACAUGAGGCGCUACUUGCAGGGUCAGUUCAAUAUAGGUGGAUGUACCCUUUCGAGAGGUAUUUUAGAAAAUUCAAAAGAUAUGUUAAGAAUAAGCCCUACCCAGAAGGUUCAAUCGCUGAGGCCUACAUCCAUGUAGAAUGCUCGAAUUUUUGUUCCAUGUACCUCAACGAUGUUGAGACUAGAUUCAAUCCUCCUGAGCAUAAUGUUGAUGAAGGAGAUGAGGGUGUAUGA